UCUGAGUAUCUCUGAUCACCUGAUGUGUUUUUUGUCGGGUGACCAGUAUACCGUGGGCGCCUGGUAUUUCGCCCAUAACUACACUGACGUCCAUAAACUGCUGGGCGGACAUGUGGUUUAUUUGCACUCUGAUUAUGCUGCUCUCUGCCUACAACAUAACUACCAUACAUGUAUGUAAAUGUCAGCUUCAUGAAUAAACUAUGUGCUGUGGGAUGGUCGCGUUGUGUUACAGGAUCAAAAUAACCUGCUGUUUGGCUGAAUAUUUGCAGGAUGUGAAAUCGGGAAAGACAUUUAAGGAACAGAGGAACAGUCUCAAGUAACCCGUAAGUGGGAGGGAAGGGGGGUCACUGUAUCAAGGAAAGAAAAAGUCACACAGGCUUCCACUCAUCUUUUUUUGGGGGGGCACCAGACAUGAGUGGCCGCUACACCCACGCUGUGGUUAGAGGGGUGCCCACCUCAUUCGGCCUAGAGGCAGAUGGCAAAGUGGAUUUGGCAAGGGCGCAGAGGGAGAGCGGAGUAUACUGUGGAAUUUUGAGACAGAAGCUGGGAUUGCAGGUGGUUGAGUUGCCCCCUGAUGAGGAUCUUCCAAAGGGCCAGCUGACAGGGGACAUCGCUGUGGCAAUAGCGGACACUGCCUUAAUUACCAGUCCCUACAUACCCUCCAGGAGGAAAGAGAUAGAAGGAUUCCAAAAACUAUUUGAAGAGUUGAAGUUCCGAGUUUGUCAGCUCACGGAUGAAAAUGCCACUUUGGAUGCCAGUGAUAUACUCUUCACUGGUAGAGAGAUCUUUGUUGGGUUGUCUAAAUGGACUAAUCUCAGAGGGGCAGAGUUUGUGGCAAAAACAUACCAGGAUUAUGCCGUUUCGACUGUCCCAGUAUCGGGGGAUUUGCACUUAAAAAGCUUCUGCAGUAUGGGAGGCCCGGAUACUCUCAUCAUAGGAAGUAGCGACACUGCCAGGAAAGCGUUAAAGUUUAUGGAACAACUUACAGACCAUCAUUAUGAGACGCUCACUGUCCCAGAUGAUCCGGCUGCCAACUGUAUCUACGCACGUGUGGGUCCCAAACUGAAUGUCUUAGUUCAUCGUAGUGCGGAGGAAUACCCCAAUAGUGUCCAGGUCUUCCAGAAGCUGACAGAUUACACUCUGGUUCCAGCUGCCUGCUCAGAAGUGUCUAAGAUUGGGGGCUGCCUGACGUCCUGCUCUAUAUUAAUAAAUCGCAAGCUGGAGAUAUAGAUACUUAGUUAUUCAACACCUGUCAUGUAUACAUAUCACCCUCGGACUUAAGACCUGUGUAUAUACAUUUCUCUUUAUAUCGUUCUGCUAAUCUGCAGAAAAGCAAAAAAUGACAAAAUAAUAAUUAAAAAACCAUAGAUUAGCAAAUAAAAGGGAAAAACAAUAUAAUGCUUCACAUACAAAAGAGCUAGUUUGAAUGUCAUUGUAAUAUACAUUUUGGUCACUAGAUGGCGAAUUCAUUAUAUUCUAAAAAAAAAAAAAUCAUAGACUACAUAUUUUACACCAUAAAAGUGAAAUGUUUAAAUUUAUGUUUUUGACUUAUUUUGUAUAUUUUAACUUGUACAGGGAUUCACUUUUCCAUGCAAUCAUUACUGGCACAAAAGUGCUAUAAUGCGAGCAUACGACAGUAAGCACAGCCAGUGCCAGCACACAUAAGGCAAGGAAAGCAGGAUAAUAUAAGCUAAAAUAUGCAAAGUAAGAAAAAAGCAAACAUUAUUUUUACACAUCAGACAUUUUUGUUGGUCCAUAUGUGAUUUUGUUUUGUUUUUGUUUUAAGGUCAUUUUUGCUUUAUUUUUAUUUUGUUGUUGUUAAACUGCUCAUUACAAUCAUAUUUCAUGUAUCUGCUAACGCAGUAUGGUGAUAAUCUAACGAAACACACUGUGCUCAGUUUUAAAGGGGAAGUAUUAAGUGAUACUGAAUUCCAAAUCUUUAAGGUGCUAAAACAUUAAACCCUUUUCCUCUUUCAUCCUCCCCUCUCCAACAAACGGGUCCCCUCUUCCUCUGUAUUAUUGUUUCUUAUGAUUCUCUGACCUUUUUUAUUCUUUUUUUUUUUUUUUUUUACAAAUUCUUAUUAGUAUUUAACACUUAAAGGGACACUAAACCCAUUUUUUUUCUUUUAUGAUUCAGAUAGAGCACCAAUUUUAUGCAACUUUCUAAUUUACUCCUAUUAUCAAAUUUUCUUCGUUCUCUUGGUAUCGUUAGUUGAAAAGCAGGCAUGUAAACUUAGGAGCCGGCUCAUUUUGGGUACAGAACCUGUGUAGUGCUUGCUGAUUGGUGGCUAAAUGUAGCAGGGGCUAAAUAUAGCCACCAAUCAAAAAACGCUACCCAGGAUGCUGAACCAAAAAUGGUCUGGUUUCUAAGCUUAAAUUCCUGGUUUUCAAAUAAAGAUACCAAGAGAAUGAAGAAAAUUUGAUGAGGAGUAAAUUAGAAAGUUGCUUAAACUUUCUCGAUCUGAAUCAUGAAAGAAAAAAUUUGGGUUUUGUAUCCUUUUAAGUCUACACAGUUUCUCAUUCACUUUCUUUCUUUGUUAUUACUCUCUAGCUUGGUAUCACUCAUUAGCUUUCUCCAGCUCUUCCUCGCUGUUUUGUGCUCUUGCUUUCUUAAUCUCUCGCUCUCUCGCUCUCUCGCUCUCUCGCUCUCGCGCUCUCUCUCUUUUUCUCGCGCGCUCUCGCGCUCUCUCUCGCUCUCUCUCUUUUUCUCGCUCUCGCUCUCUCUCUUUUUCUCGCUCUCUCUCUUUUUCUCGCUCUCGCUCUCUCUCUUUUUCUUGCUCUCGCUCUCGCUCUCUCUCUUUUUCUCGCUCUCUCUCUUUAGCAUUUUCGUCCUCUCUUUUGUAUUCUUUAGCUAGCGCUCUUACACUCACUUUCAUUUGCACUCACGCUUUUUUGCUGUAGUACUCUAGCGGUCUCUUGUUUUUUCUUACUCUUGGCUCUCUCCCGCUCCCUUGCUUUCUCACAUGCUGUCAUCUCUCUCUUUCAUAUCCCCCCUCUCCCUAAUUUGUAUCUAACAUUUCUAAUCCCAUUUUAUAUAGAAUAUCAUCAUUUUCUCAGUCUCUCUUUAAACCUCCCCAUCCAAUAUAUGCUGGAAAUUGAAUUUAUUUUGUUUUAUAUCCCUCAGAAUUUAUAAAAUAAAUUGCUUCAGGAAUAUUUGCAAA